AAUGGCAACCCACCACAAAAUUUUCAUUACUAUCAAAUAUCAACUAAAGAUCACAAAAAAAUGGCAGGUAUUCUUGCUGGUCUUGAUGGAGGACUUGGUUUUGGUUUUAGUCCUUUCAGUUUAAAGAUCGGCGGAGGUAUCGAUCUCGGGAGUAAAAGGCCGGGGGGGUGCAAGAGUCAUGAUCCAUCAAAAAAAUGGGUUAUAUGUCCCAAUGAUCAAGUUGUAGAAGCUGCUAAGUUUGCAGUGGCUGAGUUCAACAAAAAAUAUGGAAAUAAUCUUGUGUUUCAAGUAGUUUUGGAAGCUUGGGUUUUUACUAAUCCUUGUGGGAAGAAAGAGUAUAGUAUUGAAUUAGUAGUAAUAGACGGCUGCUUGAAUCGUGUUCUCAAGUUUCAUGCAGUCGUGACUGAAACACCCUGUGCUGCUCGCAAGAGGACUCUGGUGUCUUUCGACCAAAUCGUCGACUAAAAGAGAAGUUAUAUGUGCAAUCAAAGUUUAUACUGUGUGAGAAGUACACAAUAAUAAAUCUUGUAGGAUAUUGUACUGCUCUACUUUCUUUCACUAUCUGUUCUAAAAUAAUAAUAAUGGAGGCCAAACUACGUUUUUAGUCCCGAAA